CGCACGCAAGCAUAGCAAUCACUAAAAAUGACGUAUGUUGUUGCUUCGUCGCCCACCACACGUUCGUUUGGUUUAGUUUUGAUUUGAUAAGAUUUUAAUGUGUUUUAUUUAUUCUUCGCACGUUUCGUUACCAUAAUUGUAAAUUCUGACUAUGUGGCGGAUUUCGCAUUAUUGGCGUAACCUAUAUUUCACAUUACCAAUAUCGUAUCAGUGAGUAUUUUCACAGACGGGCGUCAACGUAUGGAACAGUUAGAUAUUGUUUUGUAAUUAAUUCGUACGCCCACCAGCCUGCUGUGUAGUUGUUUGAUUGCUAUCUACAAGAGUGCGGUAUGUUGCAUAGAAGAAUAUAAUUGCUGAAAUCUCAGUUGUGAAUAAUGUCUCUUCAAAAAAGUGUGAAAAGUGGUGGUGGUGAUAAGAGUGACUUGGCUGAUACGACUUCGAUAUGUUCAUCAGUGACCACCCAGCCGGAUCGCCAUGGCUUCUUUGGUGGUGCUCAGUACAGUCCAGAACCAAAAAGGACUGUGUCGCCGAGCACGAUCCUCAAGAGGGAACAGAAGUGGAUCAGGAUGCUCAACCACUGGGAGGGCUUCAUGAGCAAGAAUUACAAGAAGGUGCGCGAGAGAUGUCGGAAAGGCAUACCAGCGUCAGUGCGGCCUAAAGCUUGGCUGUACCUCUGCGGGGGCCAGCUACUUCUGCAGAACCAUCCAAACGAGUACGAGGAGCUGCUGCAAGCCCAGGGGGACCCUAAAUGCAUGGACGACAUAAGGAAGGACCUACACAGACAGUUCCCUUAUCACGAGAUGUUUAUCAGGGAAGAGGGCUUAGGGCAACAGGAGCUGUUUUCAGUGUUGAAGGCAUAUUCCGUGCUGAACCCGAAGGUGGGCUACUUCCAAGCGCAGGCGCCGGUGGCCGCUUUCCUGCUCAUGCACAUGCCUGCCGUCCAAGCCUUCUGGUGCCUCGUCAGCAUCAGCGACAAGUACCUCAAAGGGUAUUAUAACCCUGGAUUAGAGGUAUUGCAACGCGACGGCGACAUCCUCCACGCGCUGUUGCGGCGCACCGCGCCCUCCGUGCACCGGCACCUGGUGAAGCACAAGGUGGAGCCCGUGCUGUACGCCACUGAGUGGUUCCUGUGCGCGCUCACGCGGACUCUGCCCUGGGACAGUCUGCUGCGGGUGUGGGACUGCUUCUUGUGCGAGGGCGUCAAGGUGCUAUUCAAAGCAGCGCUAGUGAUCCUGGCGGGAGCCCUAGGCCCGGCGAAGGUGCGCAAGAGCGCGGGCGGGCUGUGCGAGACGCUGGAGGUGCUGCGGCACCCGCCGGAGCACGUGCUGCAGGAGGACUACCUCGUGUACCACAUGCAGCGCCUCAACCUCACCGAGGAGGACUUCGAGUUCGAGCACCAGCGGCAGACGGCCAGGCGCCGCGCCAUGGCCAAUAGGAGUGGCAGCUGAUUCAGCGAUUGCUCCUACAGGCGUUAUUCUAAGAAUAACGCCAGGGACAUAUUCAACACUCUAUGAGUACGCGAGUGCAAUAACCACGUUAAUAUAUACCCUAAGUGUAUCGUGAUACGGUCGAUAAUGCAGUGGACGCGAGUGCAAUAUUGACGCGCUAAUAUAUAACUUAAGUGCUAUUUGAUUCGAUCGAUAAAGCUAUGGUCGUGAAGUGUGUGAUAGAACAAGCCAAUACGGACUGUGUUACGAUAGUGUUAAAGUCGUUUAUUGCACCAUUCGAACGUGUUAGUGGUAAGUUGCCUGUGUGGUGCCUCUUUGCCGUAUACAAUAAUAGCGGUUAUAUUUUUUAUUAACAAGAUCUUAUGAUCUACGAUACUACUUUGUUAAUAUUUUAAUGUUAUUCACCUGGGAAUCGGAUAACCAAAUGAUUUAGACUUUAUUUUUAAAUGUCAACUAGAGUUUGCGCUACGACGAAGUUACACAGACGCGUUGCUAUAACAACAACGUGGCCAAUCUAUUCAUAUUUUGUUAUUACUUUUGGGGGCACUGUGCGAGCACUAGACGGGUGAUCAGUCCUCCCAUGCUGAGACCAUUUCACCCAGCUCCUCCAGCUGAUUAAUGAUAAUCAAUAAUAGAAAGAACAAGGUAAUAAUAUGAUAAUUCUACAUAUUUUAAUGGACUUCUUUCGUGGCGCGGAUUCUAGUAAACACGUCCUUUAUAAUUUAUGUUUUUAAUUAUAUCUUAAACAGUUGGAUACAUCAUAUUGCGUGAUCUACAUACUCAUAAAAAAUUGUAUUAAAUUUUUCUUUCCUUUAAAAUUGCUUACGUUGUACUAUUUUUAAAAAGGUAAUAAACUGUUUUUAUUUAGAUUAUUAUUCUACAGUGUUUCUUAACCUUUUUUUUAGUCUAUGGUACCAUUAGAAAUUGAAACAAACAAUUUGUUCCAAUUUCUAAUGGUCCACAGACUUAAGUCAGGAAUUUAUUUUAAUAGUACUAAAAAUAAGUUUUUUAUUGACCUUUAUUGUAGCACUCCUGCUGGCCUAAGGUCCCCUUCAUCCGAAAUUCUCUUUUUCGUAAAAACUAUAAAUAUUGUAUGUGUGAGAAGGUGCUGCCUUUUGCUACUAAAUAUUGUUAAUAUUUUUGUUGAUUUUAUUCAGUUGUAAUUUCAAAUCAGAUUCCUAUUGUAACCUGUUUAUGUAUUUACAUUAUCCAAGACCAAAACCCCAUACACAUCAAUAAGUACCACAGGUUAAGAAAUACUGUUACAGUACUAGUAUGUUUGGGAACUUUAUUUAGGAAAAAUUCUGUGUAACGAACGCUGCUAGGCUGAUUCUCAGAGCGUUUCGGCCGCUGCGGCCGCGCUGUCAUUAUGAACCGUCAAUUUUCUUGUGAGGGGAAUCAUUUCCCAAACAAUCAUUCAGAAAAUUUAUAUUACCAUUGUACAGAUAAAUUAUUUCAAAGUCAGAUAAUAAAACUAAAUCUUGUCUUUGUUAAAAUUUGAAAAAUUGUAACAACAACGCGGCUGCAGCGUUUGAAACACUCAAAGAAACAAUAGCUUGAAUAUAUUUCCAUAUUAUGAUUUCAUAACAUAUUUAUUGGCAGUUAACAAUUUUUUAUUCCCUAUGGAGAAAUACUGGAGUUAGUUUGAUAUGCUAGUGUUGUUAGUUAGGUAUUGCACAAUAUGUAAAUUAGUAUUGACGACUGACCAAAAGGAGUAUAGUAUAGAAAUUGGGAUAGGAGAAGCCAUCGUGUGGCUUAAAUUAUGAUAAAUAAGGCUCAAGUUUACUUGACAUGCACGUAAAUGUAAUUUGAAUAGAGGUUUAUGUUGGUAUGUGACGACCUCGGUGGCGCAGUGGUAAAGUUCUUGCCGCUGAACCGAGAGGUCCUGGGUUCGAUCCCCGGUCGGGUCGUGAUGGAAAAUGAUCUUUUCCUGAUUGAUCCGGGUCUUGGAUGUUUAUCUAUAUAUGUAUUUGUUAUAAAAUAUAGUAUCGUUGAGUUAGUAUCCCAUAACACAAGUCUCGAACUUACUUUGGGGCUAGCUCAAUCUGUGUGAUUUGUCCUAAUAUAUUUAUUAUUAAUUUAUGUGUGCUCGAGUAGACUUAGGUAGCUUUUGUUCCUCGUUCGAAAAUUUAAAUUUAUUUUGAAAAUUUAGGCAACUAUCUCUUUGGUUUCAUAUUUUUGUGUGUAUCAAGGCAUGAUUUAUUCCUUGGUUGAGACACAACACACUUUUAAUGUUAAAAGUGUUAAUUGUUAACGUGUCUUAAAUAACAAAUUGUGUGAUAAUAUGGACAGGUAGUCCUAGUGGAGGAAGAAGUCAAGCGAUAUUUUUAAAAUAUUCAUGUAAUUUUAAUAAAUUGUUGUUUCUUAUACAUUUCCUUGCUUGACUCUUUCUCAUUUAUCUUUUAUCUCGUCUACACGUAAAUUUCCUGAUAAUAUUAGAUACUAUUAGCGUGCUGUCAGCUCAAUCAGGGCCCGGCUAUUUAAAUUUCUUAUAAUGAUACAAGAUAUUUGUUUCAAUGUUUGAAGUCGUCAUAAUUUUAGGCUAAGUUUAUUUAACUUGUAUGUUGUGUUCUCGAAUUUUCAACUUCCCUUUGUAACUGCAAUACAGUCAAUAUUAAUUCGUAUAUUUCUGUGUUAUUUAAAAAUAACUAGCAUUUUUUAUAUCAGGAUGCUAAUAGACAAUAGUAUAUUAAUUUUGUGUCUUGUCCAUUCAUAUUGUACCUAUUUUCCUGUUAAAAUUUAAAACUUAAAAUUAGUUUUGUUAAUUUUCCAAGUAUAUUUAUUGUUUUCGCAAUGUCACUUAUAAUUCAAUGUUUAUUUUAUUUUUAGAUUAUUUUAGAAAUGUGCAAAAUAUUUCAUAAUAACAUGUGAUAAGAAUUGUUAUGUAGAAUUACAUAUCUCAAAAUGUAAAUAGUGAACCGCAGGACAAAUCUUUUCUAUAUGUCAGUACAAUUUAUCUUCGUCGGAAACUACAAUAAUGCCUCGCCGAUAUCAACUGAAAUAUUGAUUGUUUAAUUCGAACCAAAUUAUUUUUAACUGAAUCAGAACGUUUAUUUAUUUUUUAUUACAUUAUCCCACAUUUUGGCUGGCAGUAGUGGUGACUGUAAAACACGCCAAUCUCCGUAGUUCAUAUCUAUACAUAAAUGUGGUAAAUAUGGCAAAAAAAAUUACGGAGUACCGACAUUGUGUCACCACUCAGGGGAAACACACACAACUUGGUUAAUUUUUGUAAAUAAUACCAGAGUACCCCUGUUGAAUAAUCUAUCUUUAUUUUUCGAACUGGCAUCUGAUAUAGUAAACUAAUCUGUGGCGUUGCCUUUGAACAGCACAAACGAGAUUGUGCUGAGUUGACAAAAUAUUAUUGAUAAAUUAUAAUUUAUAUUUCCUUAUACCAAUCACGUUCGGUUAAUAGCGUUGUUCCAUAAGGGUCGCCACAAAAUAGCAUCAGUGCCUCAGUGGAUUGCAGUGUUUAACAUAAAUAAUGUUGCUUUAUGACAUUUAUUUUAUUAAAAUUACCACAGUCUUCCCCACUCAAAGUACAAGAUCAUCUGUGAAAGAUCUCUGUAUUUUCUUAAACUAUAUAACAAAUAUAUUUAUCCACAUAUCUAAUUCAUAAAAGCAAUAAGAAAAAUAUUUUUUACUUCAAUACAUAUGUGCAAUAUAAAAUGUAUAAUAAAUUUGAUGUUAUUUAAUAUUCAAUUGGAGUAUUUAGAACCAUAAAUCAUAGUUAUUGAAGUUUUGUUACACAAGUAGUGUAAAAAGGUUUAUAAGUAAUAUAAAAUAACAAAAAUAUAUCUCUUCAAAUAAUGUUUAAAUGAAUAUCUAACAUGAAUGGUAUCAUAAUAAUAUUGUCUUCGCAAUCACUUUGCGUUCGUAACUGCCACUUAUUAAGUUGGGGUUUUAGCCCGCUGUAGGCUAUGAUUUUAUUUAAGGCAAAAUGUCUAUGCUGCAUAAUAUCAAUUUUGUUUAUUUAUAUUCGAAUGAAAAUUAUAGUUUUGAUUGUCAUGGCCAUUAUGUAAAUUGCGAAAAAUUAACAUAGUAUACAAUUAUGUUUAUUUACCAGAAAGAAGUGCAAUGAUGUUUCUCAAUAAUCAGAAACUCAAAUGGAUCUGUGACUACUUCGCUAGGAGCCUGUCUCGUGGGAGCCUGAUAUCGUAGUUAAAGUUUAGAUUUGUCCACAUUAUGCCCUAUGUUGCUAACAGUUGAGCUCCAUUUGUCCAUGGCACUCAAAAAAUAAUAAAAAAACCGUUUAUUUUGUGUUGGAUGAAUAUUAUAUUUUUGCUUUUGCGACAAAAAAAAGAAGUAUGAUUUUAGUCAGUUUCCAGCAUAUAAAUUGAGUGUUGUGUGUGAUUUUUGUUGGUGUAUGUUUUAGAUUCAACGUUAUUCUUAAUAUUAUUCCUUGUUUUCUCUGUUUAGCCUAGAUAAGUUCUGUUUUCGUAUAAAUUCCACUCAACAAAAUGUUCCACAUUCCGCAAUCAGACUGGUAAUGAUGAUUAAAUUAGAUGAUUCAAACUCAUAUUUUUGUACAGUGGCCAAUAUCCAUGUUGCUACAGUAUUUGUGUUGUAAAUAAAUAUAAAAAGUUAUUAA